UGUCUAGUUCCGUUAGAGCGCAGCACUUCCUUUGCGGCUAUAAAUAGACGAGUCCCAUCCACCCCAACUCCGACUCCAACUCCGAUUUUAGAGCGGCAGACACGCGUCUGCGAUCGUCAGCUGGCGGAGUUAUUAUUAGAAAGUAGUGCCAGCCAGCGGCAGCCGCCACCCCAAAAGUGGAGCCCAGUCGAACGGGGACGAAGGGCCUUCAGUGUAUCGACAUGCGCGAUGGAGUGCAGAGGUGUUCCCAUUCUUCCGACCUACGCCCAAGCCUGUGGAGAUGUGGAUGUGUCGCCACUGCCCCGCAAACGAUCUCUGUGCCACACGCUGUUCGCCUACCGGACGCUGAACGAUCCCGUCAUCAUCCUGAUCACCUUGGCCGUGGCCGUCGGCUCCUUCUGCCUGCUAAGCGGCUUCAUACUGCUCUGCGUCGUCUCCAAGGCCUGGCAGGAUGAGACCUCCGAGGCCAUACUGCUAAUGGGUAAGUGCCGCAUCCCAGUCCAUUGCCAAAGUCCUAAAGUAUCCAUCGGCUGCCUAGGCAUUGGCUUCUUCAUCACCUCCCUGUCGUGUGUUUCGUGGAAGCUGACGAGAGCCCAGCGCCUCACCCAGAUCGUGGAGGCCAUCAGUGAUCGUGAUCCGACGGCGGCGGCUUAAUUCUAGUGUCAGGUGUUAAGUGUUAGGUGUCCAACUAAUCGUCAAUUAAAUUAUUUACAUUC